UUAUCACGGUAUAGAGAAUGGUUCAAAUUCAACAGCUUUAGAAUAUCCGUAAAUGCUAAUCAGUUGAUGGAAUACAUAAGUAGAACAUACACAAGUUGUUUAUAUAAUAUAAUUAACAAGAAAUGCUAGUCAUACCGAUCAUACCAUUACCUACUCUCUUUGUUUGAAGAAAGUCCACGGACACAAAUCAAGACUCAUAUCGAUCAUGUCUUCUUUGAUCGGUAAUGAACCCAACAAACAGGGUAUGAUCACUGAAGUAGACAUGGGUGUUGACUCCUCUCCACCACCCACUGUUCGCGCCACUGUUGUUCAAGCGUCCAGCGUCUUCUACGACACUCCGGCCACCAUGGACAAGGCAGAGAGGCUGAUUGGAGAAGCAGCAGGAUUGGGUUCACAACUGGUGGUGUUUCCUGAAGCAUUCGUUGGUGGAUAUCCUCGCGGUUUAAAUUUUGCUCACCGGACUACUAAAGCCAAGGAUGAUUUCCGCAAGUAUCAUGCAUCUGCCAUUGAUGUGCCUGGACCUGAAGUUGAGCGACUUGCUGCACUAGCAGGAAAACACAAAAUCUACUUGGUGAUGGGAGUAAUCGAGAGAGAUGGAUACACUCUUUAUUGCACAGUUGUGUUCUUUAAUUCUCAAGGCAAUUACCUUGGAAAACAUCGAAAACUCAUGCCAACGGCUCUGGAACGUCUAGUGUGGGGAUUUGGAGAUGGAUCAACAACCCCCGUAUAUGAUACUCCAAUUGGGAAAAUUGGUUCUGUUAUCUGUUGGGAAAAUAGAAUGCCUCUUUUAAGGACAGCAAUGUACUCCAAAGGUAUUGAAAUAUAUUGUGCCCCUACUGCUGAUCAAGGGAAAACAUGGCAAGCAUCAGUGAUCCACAUUGCUCUUGAGGGUGGAUGUUUUGUUCUGUCAGCCUGCCAGUUCUGCCAAAGGAAAGACUACCCGCCUCCACCGGAGUAUGUUAUCAGCGAUGCAGAUGAAAAUCUGACACCGGACUCUGUUGUCUCUGCCGGUGGUAGUGUCAUUGUAUCCCCGUUGGGGACAGUUCUUGCAGGGCCUAAUUUCGAAGGAGAAGGCUUCCUCACAGCUGAUCUUGAUAUGGGUGAAAUUGCACGAGCAAAGUUUGAUUUUGAUGUGGUUGGACAUUAUUCGAGGCCGGAAGUGCUGAGUCUGAUUGUGAAGGACCAUCAAACAAGUCCUGUUACCUUUACAUCUGGAGCAGCCAAAACUGACAAUGCUUGAAGAUUACUUAGCCGCCUGCUAAGUUAUUUCAAGAAAAGUCUGUGUAUGAAAGAGUGGCAACAGAAGACCAAACGAACUUGCAUUUUGCAAGAGAUUAACAAGGCUAAACUUGGUAGAUAUUGUGGAGGGUUUCUGUAAUAAAGUCAUUAGGAUUGUGAAAUAUCGAUGAUCAGUGCACCAAACACUCCUUCAAAUUGUGUCUCCUUCAAAUUGUGUAACGAAAUUUAUAUUGCAGUUUAAAACUGAGAGCUUGUUGCAAUUAAAUAAAAAAUAAAAAAAUUGGCAAGUACUAA